AUGGCUUCUCUCCCGUCUGUUCACGGCGUGCGCGUAGCUACCCCAGACGAUCUGCAUCGUAUCUCGACUGUUGCCGCCGCCGCUUUCUUUUUUUCGCCAACUUUCCAAUUUCAACGUCCCUUUCAUCAAAAAUUUCCAUCCGAUACCAUAGCUUCUUACUUUAUGCAAUACGAAGCAGCUAUCAGAGAUCCGCUGUGCCUAGUUCUUGUAGCAGAGGAUACCCUCGUUGCAGACGAGGCCAAGCACGUCUACGAAGCGCUGCGGGGGGCCUUCAGUUCCCAGCCUUCGGACCAGGGUAUCGUCGGCGUAUGCAGUAUCCAACUCAAGCCUAAUUCUUCCUAUAUUGACCACUUACAACAAAGACCCACACUUACCAGCCCUGCUGCUAAUCAACAUGGUGUUAAUGACUUGCGAAGAGACCAGAGUGCUGAAGCUGUCGCCAUCUACAAUGAAGUCACGCGUCCAGCAAAACUCAAGCACCUCGACGGCAAUAUGCGCCUCAGUACUUUGGCAGUCGCUCCGGCUUACUGGCGACGUGGUCAUGCGCGGAGACUUGUAAGCUUCUGCACUCAGCUGGCAGACUUGGAUAACGCCGUUCUGGGAGUAUCCGCUACACCUCACGGCGCCAAGGUGGCGUCCAAAGCCGGAUUCCAGGAACAGGAUAUCGUCCGAUACGCGCACUUGACCAUAGGGCAGCAGCUGCAACAGGGUGCUGUAAGCGCCGCCGGCUUUGAGCUCUGGUAUAGUAUGCAGGCACCCUGGGGCCAUGAGCUUCUCGGAAAAUCCGACAAUCUCGCACUAAGCACAACCAUCGGUGUAUCAUCUGCAGUCAUCCUGAACAACCAACAACCAACAAAGCCAGGGCGUAAUGCGAGAUGA